AUGCAAGAAGUUGAUGAUCCAGAAUAUCUUAAGAAUCUCAUAUCAACCACAUAUCCCCAAUAUUUCUACAAUGAUUCAACAAUUUGGCCAAAUCUAAUAAUAUCAGGAAAUCAAAGUAUUUUAACAAAAACCACAAUUGGUGCAAUUGCUUAUAUGUGUAUUCCAUGUUUUCCAAUUUAUGCAAUCAUAAUUUAUUCGCGAAGAAAAACGUUGGAUAUCUUGAAUUCUUCAAGUGCUGGAUUAAUAUUAUCACAAACAGCUCGAGAAUCACAUAAACAAUUGAUGAGAGCUCUAACUUUUCAAGCAGGCAUCCCAAUUUUUUGGCUAACAGCAGCUUCAAUUUUUAUUCUGUUACUUUUCAAAAAAAUCGAAGGAUGUUUUUAUGAAAAUUUGCCAUUUCGAACAAUGGAAUUGAUGCCAAUGACAACACCAAUUUUAUCGAUUUAUUUGGUUAAACCAUAUAGAAUCAUUAUACAAAAUUGGAUCGCAAAAGAUAAUUCUAAAUUAAAAUCGGUUACUUUUGUUUCUACUAUGGCGACGAGUUCGAGAAUUUGA